AGGAAACUGAUGUCAAAUCAAACUGUAUUCAGACCCAUAAGAAUACAAAUUGUGCAUGUGGUCUAAACCUGCACAAUGAAUUCGUCAUUGCUCUCCCUUUUCUUGCUCUUUUCAAUUCAAGUGAAUUGCUUCGGUUUUCGUGGGAUUCGAAAUCACGCUUUUACGGGACUCAUUUCCCAAACAAUUUACGACGUGGACUGGUUAGGCUGUUUGGAAGCCUGUAGUCGUAACGAGAAGUGUGUCUCUUACAACUACAAAUGGCGUCUCGAUGCUCAAGAUGAGGUCAAUGUAUGUGAAUUGAUUGAUGACCGUGGGGAGUGUGACACAAGCUCUCUAGUGUACAUGACUGGUUUUACUUUCUAUCAGAUCAGGGGAAAUAGAAAGACCUCGUGUACUGAACCGUGUCAUCCCAGUGUGUCAAAUAAAGCUUUUGGAGAUUGCUACGAGCUGUUAAUGGCGGGACAAACACAAAACGGAGUCUACAGAAUCAACCCAGGUGGCAAAGAAGAAUUUGAAGUUUUGUGCGAUCAGAGUGCACAAGGUGGAGGAUGGGUUGUAAUCCAAAAAAGAUUUAAUGGUUUGGUGGAUUUCUUCCGCAACUGGACGAGUUACAAAGUCGGAUUUGGAAACUUAACAGGGGAGUUCUGGCUUGGUCUUGACAAAAUUCAUCGACUGACGUCGUUAGAAAAGAUGGUUCUACGCGUUGAACUUGGUGAUUUUUACAACAUGUCGUCAUAUGCCGAGUACGAUAAGUUCAAAGUGCUAAGUGAGCAAUCCAUUUACGCCCUCGAACUAGGAGAGUACACAGGCACAGCUGGUGACUCCCUAACGUGGCACAAAAGUCUCCCAUUCUCCACCAAAGAUCGAAAUUCCGGCGACUGUUCGGCUGGGGAUUGCGCCACUUUAUAUCACGGAGCUUGGUGGUAUGGUGACUCCUUCCAAUCAAAUCUUAACGGGAAAUACUACAGCAAGCAAAGCACGCCUACAUUCGAUGGUGUUAUCUGGGGAGAGUGGAAAGGAUUAGCAACCUCCUUAAAAAAGACGGAGAUGAAAAUCAGACCAUGCAAUGAUUGCUAAACGAGUUGUUAGCUUUAUCCAGCUGAUAGAUUUACGGCAAUUCAGUAUGUGUAAAAUUUAGUCUUGCGUGUUUCCAGGGGCCGCUGUUUCAAUGUGGAAAUAUCCUCCGAUAGUUAGCUGCCGAGUCUGCUGUUGAGUGAGGUUUUCCAUUCCUUGACCAACGACAUCUGCAAAAUCUAAAACUACAAUCAAUCAAGCAAAUUAAACAGUUUUCUGUGAGCGGCACUCAGAUUGCGAAGAAAACAAAAAGUGACGAAAGCGAUCCGGGCAAGAAAAGAGUUCUGAAAGGCUAGGAAUUAAAACCGUUUCUAUGUUUCUAUGUUUUCAAAUUGACGCUUAAAUUGAAAAAGGCAUCAUGGGUUUAGCCGAGUGACGUAAAAGCUAUAGUUAAGUAUGAAUAUAGUGACCGGGAAACGGUCAAAAGGAAGCAAUUUUGUAGCCUCAGUACUUUUGAUUGCACGUAAGCAUAAUUGUUCAAGUCUACCCACGCAUAUAGGACCCAUAAAGGAUAUGAACAUAUGAGUGAAAGAUGCAAAUUACGGUCCAUCUUGAUGAGUUCGCUGUGUCGGUAAUAAAAGCUCUAAAUUACAAAUCAAAAUUACAAAUCAAAUUACAACUUACACUACCCGCGUAUAGCGUAGGCUAAUUGAGGCGGGUAUUGUAAUGAAUACUACAUUAGGUCACAAAACAAACUCCUAAGCAAGUACAAACUCUAAACGGGAGCGUGUGCUACCUCCCCGUUCUACUUUUUAGAGAAAAAAAUUAUUAGGCACGCUUGCUUACAAAAUUACUAGGCACGCUUGCUUACCUUCGAUAGCGACUCUAGUAAAUAAUUGUUUCAUAAGGCCAUGUACCGAUUUUAUUUACAUAUAACGGCCUAUAUAGCUAUGUUAAAGAGCCACUUUGUGGAAAUGAACAAGACGUCCUUAUAGAUAAAUAAAUAAAUAAAAAAAAUGGCGCAACUAGUACUGUUUUUACUUACGUCUUAAGCUGUUACUGCUCAUAAAUUUCUUCAGCUUGACAAUGAAAAAACCCGCACCUUGAGAGCGGAAAAACGUAAUAAGCAUGUGCGAGUGUUGGCCGCGCGCCAGGCUCCAAGUUUGAAAACAUGGCUGGAAUUUCGUCGAUCGUGUAAACCAAAAAAGUUACGAACGUUAUAUAUGCUUUCCCAUUUAUCCCAGUAAGCAGCAACAUUUAACGUCAUAAAGGAAAGCUGGUGUAUUGUUUUCGUAGGGAAUCAUUUUUUUUUCGGGCAAAAUUAACCAAAAGAAGGUCCCCGCAGUAUUCUCUAUUUUCCAAUUGCCCAUAAUUCACUCUGUUUGC